AUGGAUUUCUCCGCAGACGAUGAACAAGCUCUCAAGCAAUAUCUCCCCAGUGAGUUUGGGAAGAAGGAUGGCUCCGUAAACGUAGAGGCGCAAAUCGAGCGCGCCCGAAGGCCAGUGGUCGAUGAAAGCAAACAGGCGAAGAAAGAGGCCGGUUCCGACGACGACAAGGAUUCCGACGACGAUGACAGUGAUAUGAGCGAUGAGGAGGACGAAUACCCCGUUUCUCACGAAUUAAUCAUCAAGACCCACGACCGCGCAGUCACGACGAUUGCGCUCGAUGCAUCUGGAACACGGCUGGUGACCGGAGGAAACGACUGCACACUCAAGCUGCACGACCUCAGUGCGCUCACGCCGAGUACCAUCCGCGCAUUCAAGACGGUAGAUCCCUUCACGACAAAACCCUCUCAAACCGCAGAAUCGCAUUCGAUACACCAAGUCUUGUUCGGCCCACACUCUGGAGGCCAAUUCCUAUGCAUUACCGCGACUUCACAAGCAAGACUGUUCAGCAGGGAUGGAGAACUUAUAUCGGAGUUUGUCAAGGGCGACAUGUAUUUGAGAGACAAGCACAACACAAAAGGACACACAGCCGAAAUUACGAGCGGCGCAUGGCAUCCAACGAAUCGCGAUCGUUUUGCUACAGCAGGCACAGACAGCACAGUGCGGAUAUGGGACGUGAACAAGAGGAUGAAGCAGGAAGAAGUUAUCGUACACAAAUCGAGAGCUUCCGGUAGCGCAGGCAUGACAAGGAUGACGGCCAUCGCAUGGGGUGCGGCGGCCGAGGGAGGAAGCAGUAUGCUUGUGUCAGCAGCACUAGACGGAAGUCUGGUCAUGUGGGGUGGUGAAGGUCCAUACCACCGACCAACAGCAGAAAUUAAAGAAGCACAUGCGAGGGAUACUUGGACAAGUGGGCUGGAUAUCAGCGCAGAUGGCAGGCUGGUCAUUACAAGAGGAGGAGACGACACGAUCAAGUUGUGGGAUACCAGGAAGUUCAAGACGCCUCUUAACACCACAUCACAUCCGUCAACGUCUUCGCAAUAUCCGACAUCGAACAUUAAGUUUGCGCCCAACUCGCAGAGCAUAGUCACAGGAUCAGAGACUGGCCACCUCCACAUCCUCAACCCUGCAACUCUUCGCCCAGAGCUUGUUACACCAGUAACUCCAGGGUCUCCUUUAAUCACAGUCAACUGGCAUCCCAGGCUCAACCAGAUUCUCACAGGUUCAGCCAGCGGUCAGACAACAAUCCUCUUCAAUCCCAAGCUCUCCAACGCUGGCGCUCUCACAAUCCUCAGCAAGGCACCUAAGAAGCGGCAUCUCGAUGAUGACCCAUCUCUCACUGUAGAUAUGGAUCCUCUCGGAAUGGCUGGUGAAGCACAUGAUCCUUCUGGCAACGCAGCCUCAUUCUCAGCGCGCCAUCCCACGAUUGGUCUCACAGCAUCCGGCAAAAGCAGAGAUCCACGGAGACCGCAUAUCCCAGCUACGACGCCUUUUGCAAAGUCAACGCCUGAUCAGAAGUAUGUCAUGGAGCAGAUCGAAGGCAGUGAUAUGAGAGACGAGGACCCUCGGGAGGCGCUACUCAAGUAUGCGCUGAAAGAGGGAGAGAAGGCUGUCUUUACAGGUGCGUGGGAAAAGACUCAACCAGUUGGAAUCUACAAGGAUUACGACAGUGAAGAGGAUGAGAGGGAGAAGAAGAAGGCAAGGCGAUAG